GAAAAUAAUCAUACCAGAGUUUCACUUUGGAGCCAAGCGACAACAUCGUUCUGCUCCCUCCAAGUGUCUUCAGUGAAUUAGAGUCUCCAGUUACUGCUGAAUCCUGACCUAACCAGAUAAGGUUAAAAGCAACUGUUGUGGAGCAAUGAAGGUUUAUCAGAGCGUCCUGCUACUCUUCUGCUGCCAGUUCCUUCAAACUCUGGCUUUAGAGUGCUCUGUGAUAAACGGUAACCUGAAGCAGAUAGACGCUGGCUCUGGCUCAGUGGUUGGAGUGAACAAUAUUAAUGAAGUGUUCGUUCUGAUUGAUAAUGUCUUCACAAAGAUCAGCGGGUCUCUAAAGCACGUCAGUGUUGGUCCUGCUGGUCAGCUGGGGGUUAACCAAGCAAACAACAUCUUUAAGUUUCAGAGUGGCAGUUUCAUUCAGUUUCCAGGGCUUCUCAAACAGGUGGAUGCUGGAGGUGAUCAGAUCAUUGCAGGUGUCAAUAUGAAUGAUGACAUAUUCUGUUUAAAUAUGGAUGCUAACAACAAAUGGCCAUCCAGCACCACUCCUUGGGUUCAACUUAAUGGAAAGCUUAAGUACUACAGCUGUGGUCCGUACAGCUGUUGGGGAGUGAACCGCAAUGACCAAAUCUACAUCAUGAAGGAUGUGUCUAGCAAUGUCUGUCCUGGGUCCAACAGUUUUAAGAAUAUUCCUGGACUUCUAUCCAUGAUUGAAGUAGCCACUGAUGGCAGCGUCUUUGGUGUCAACUAUCAAGGGAACUUAUACCAAAGAACAGAAGUCACUCGCUCCAAUCCCGAAGGCUCAGACUGGAUCUCAAUGGUUGCCUGUCCCAAUGGUCACAAGCAUGUGAGCUUUGACCUGGGAGUGCUGUGGGUCGUGUGUGUUGACGGCUCCAUUCGUAAAUGUUCUUUAUAAUCUGUCACUGCAGCAACAGAGGCUCAGUCAUUGACCCUUUAAACAUGGGGACACCCCCCACGAAACAAUUCAAAAUCUAAUUACUAAGCAACCCCUGAAUGGAAUAAUAUAAAUCAGGUAUCAUUUUAAAGGCUAGAAUAAUUUCGAUCAACGAGUGCUGAGCAGUCCCUUUAAACCAAAGUGUACUGCAGGUGGGACGUCCCCCUCCACAACAAUAUUACUAAUUAUAUUUUCAAACCACUGCUUUGAUCAACAAAAAUGGAUAUCAUUUAAAAGCUUUACCAUGAAUGUAGCCACUUUGAUUAAAUCCGAAGUAGUGCCAAAUUAUUUGCUGAUAAAUGACAAAAUUCUUAUUCUUUUUUGGUGCUGUGUAAUAUCACGUAAAUAUAUCACACAGCUCGGAUAGUCAUGUUUCAUCAUUUGAAAGGUCUCAUUGAGUAAAAUAAAACAAGCAUAAUUAUUUGGGGCUUUGAAUAAACUGGAGUUCGUUUUUGUACAAGAAGUCACCCA